ACUCCAUCUAGAAUGAGUCUCUCUGGGGAGAAUGAGGGGGGAAGCACUCCCUCUAGUAUCUGUGAAGAGACUGAAGAGAGAGACACUGCUGCUAGAAUGAGUUUGUCAGGAAGUGAGGGAGCAAUGUCCCCUAAAAAUAGUUUUCCUGCAGAACAGGACACUGGCAGUGAACUUAAGAGGUAAGAUCCUCAAAUAGGUUCAAGACAGACCGACCAGUCUCACCUGUGCCUAGCUGUGUCUCCAUGAAGAGUGACAGGUCUAUGCGACCUCCUAUUGACUUAAGGGAGGGAGACUUUUCCAUUGAGCAAAGGUUCAAGACAGACCGACCAGUCUCACCUGUACCUAGCUGUGUCUCCAUGAAGAGUGACAAGUCGAAGGGACUAAAUAUUUACUUCAGGGAUGGAGAAGUAUCUACUGGGCAAAGCAGUAUCUCUGAGAAGAAUGACCAGUCAAUGGAUCACCAACCCAGAGUCCUUACUGAUGACAAAGUGUACCAAACUGUUUCCACUAAUACCGAAGUCCAGGAUAAAAUGAAAUCCUACUUGAAGAAUAGGGCAUAUUCUUUAUUUGAGGGCAUUGAAGAUCAAGGAACAACAACACCUCUUAACAACAUCUACACAGAGCUCUGCAUCAUACAAGGUGAAAGUGGAGAGGUCAAUUAUGAACAUGAGGUGAGACAGAUUGAGACAGCAUGCAGAUUUCCAAUAGAACAAGAUACAUCAAUCCAACUCAAUGACAUCUUCAAACCCUUACCUGGACAAGACAAGCCUAUCAGAACAGUGCUGACAAAGGGAGUUGCUGGCAUCGGAAAAACUGUGUCUGUGCUGAAGUUCAUGUUGGACUGGGCUGAAGGAAAAGCAAACCAAGACAUCCAGAUCAUCUUUCCACUUCCUUUUCGGGAUCUGAACUUGAUGAGAGAUAAAAAUCAAAGUCUGAUAGAACUAAUUCAUCACUCCUGUUUAGAAACAAAAGAAUCAGAAAUCUCAGAAAACGAAAAGGUUGUGUUUGUUUUUGAUGGUCUGGAUGAAUGUCGCCUUCCUCUGGACUUCCAGAAUAAUAAGAUCUGCUGUGAUGUCACAGAGUCAACUUCAGUGGAUGUGUUGCUGACAAACCUCAUCAAAGGGAAUCUGCUUCCCUGUGCUAAUAUCUGGAUAACCACCCGACCUGCAGCAGCCAAUCAGAUCCCUCUUGGGUGUGUUGACCAGGUGACAGAGGUACGAGGGUUCAAUGACCCACAGAAGGAGGAAUACUUCAGGAAGAGAAUUGCUGAGGAGGUCCUGGCCAGCAGAAUCAUCUCACACAUAAAGACAUCAAGGAGCCUCCACAUCAUGUGCCACAUUCCAGUGUUCUGUUUGAUUUCAGCCACUGUCCUAGAGAGACUAUUGGUUGAAGCAGAGAGUGAAGAGAUCCCCAAGAAUCUGACUCAAAUGUACGCUCACCUCGUGAUCUUCCAGUCAAAACUGAGGAGUCAGAACUAUCCUGUAGAGCAUGCCAACGAUUCUCAUUGGGAUAAAGUGAUGAUUCUGGCACUGGGAAAACUAGCUUUUCAACAGCUAGAAAAAGGCCAUCUGAUAUUCUAUGAGGAAGACCUGAGAGAGUGUGGCAUUGAUAUCAAGGACGCGUCAGUGUACUCUGGAGUGUGCACUCAGAUCUUCAGAGAAGAGUCUGGGCUUAACCAGAUAAAGGUGUACUGCUUUGUACAUCUGAGUAUCCAGGAGUUUCUGGCUGCACUAUAUGUGUUCCUCAUGUUCACUAACGACAACAACAAUCUGAUGGCUAAAGAGAAAUCCCUCCGCAAUAAAAACAGGCUAUAUCAAGAUGCAGUGGACAAGGCCUUGCAGUGUGGAAAUGGCCAUCUGGACCUUUUCCUCCGCUUCCUUCUAGGCAUUUCACAUGAGUCCAAUCAGCAUCUCCUACAAGGCCUACUGACACCAACAAGAAGCAGAUCACAGAGCAACAAGAAAACAGUCAGGUACAUCAAGGAGAAGAUCAGAAAGAACCUCCCUCUGGAGAGGUGCAUCAAUCUGUUCCACUGUCUGAAUGAACUGAAUGAUCAUUCUCUAGUGGAGGAAAUCCAAAGCUACCUGAGCUCAGGAAGUCUCUCAAAAUCUAAACUCUCAUUUCGACAGUGGUCAGCUCUGGUCUUCAUGUUGCUGACCUCAGAGAAGCUGGAUGUGUUUGAUCUGAAGAAAUACAUCAGAUCAGAUGAAUCUCUUCUCAAACUUCUCCCAGUUGUCAGAUCCUCUAGAACAGCCUUGCUGAACGAAUGUAAACUCACCAAGAAAAGCUGUGAGGCAAUAGCUUCUGUUCUCAAAUCAAAUUCAUGCUGCCUGAGACUGCUGGACAUGAGUGGCAAUAAACUUCAGGAUUCAGGAGUGAAGCUGCUCUCUGCUGGACUGGGGUAUCCACACUGUAAACUGGAUAAAUUUAAGCUGGCAGGCUGCAACAUCACAGAGGAAGGCUGUGCUUCUCUUGUUUCAGCUCUGAGGUCAAACCCCUCCCACCUGAAGGAGCUGGACCUGAGAGGAAAUACUCCAGGAGACUCUGGAGUGAAGCUGCUCUCUUCUGUACGAGAGGAUCCCCUCUAUACACUGGAGACACUGCGGUUAAAUGACUGAAAGCUCACUGAGUUUCAGUGAAGGAAUGGCCUCAGCUCCAAGUCCUUGGUUGUGGGAGUGCCCUGCAGUUAAAUGCUUCUGGGACAGUUACAAAAUUCAUUUCAAAGUGCAUGAAUGUAAAUAUUCGAUGCUUCGAAUCAACGAUGACAGUUCCUUGAAUCUCUCAAUAAAUCAGAGAGCCCUGGUGAAGUGGUGCUAGGAAAAUAACCUCUCCCUCAACAAACGCAUCACCGGGGGCACACUGCCUGCCCUCCAGGACAUCUAAAGCACCCGGUGUCACAGGAAGGCCAAGAAGAUCAUCAAGGAUUUCAGCCACCCGAUCCACGGUCUGUUCACCUCGCCACCAUCUAGAAGGUCGGAGACAGUACAGGAGCAUCAGACUGUUAAAUAGGGGGGAGGGGCGGGUGGUUGGACGGGUGUGGUUGGAGAAAUGGGGAUUGAGGCACACUUUUUUGUUUUCUUGUUUAAAUAUUGUACCUGUAGAAAUUCAGAAUGUGUUCAUUCAGUUUGAUUAAUUGUACCUAAUCUCCAUUACACUACAAUACAGGGACUGACUGUUACGAUGAAUUGUCAAUCAGUCAGUAAGGUGGCGCCAUAGGAAAUGUAAAUAGAUGUAAAUGUGGUUUGAUGUUCCUUGAUGUAUUCUGUUGUGUGUUAGUGUAGUGUGUGUUCUGUUAGCUUAGUAAAAAGCCCUCCUUUUAUGACAUCAUGCUAAAUGUAUAUCCAUCAUGUCUUUACAUAUUGACUGUAGUUCAGUGUGUCUACUAGUGUCACUACAGUUAAGCUUCUUAGUCUUGUCUUCCUAGUAACUCUACAUCUUACCAGACUGAUAUCUUUACUCUAGUGUAUUAGAGGUCUCUGGAUUGGCUUGUACACUGAGGUUUUUAUUGUAGCACCUUGAGCUUUAAAACAUGUAGCAUUUCUUACAUUCUAUGUAACCCUGUAUGUUAAUCUAUGGAAACUGUAUUUCAUAUUCCUUAAAUAUAUGCAGUAAAGUUGUUAUUCCUAUUGACGUGUGA